AGAAGGACAAAAUGUAGAUGACAGCGAACCGACACAUGAAGUCGGAUCAAUAUCGCCGUAUCGAAGAAACGCAUUGAAUCCUGAAGAUGAAGGCCAAUUGCCAGACACGAAACGCCACAAGAAGACGAGUAUCGCUGGCCGCCUAUAUGAAACGUCCGAGUUGUCCGAUAUCGCGUUGUCUCAUCACGUUCAACGAACCGUGCAACCGUCAAAAUGUAGUCACUGUGACACCCUUUCAAUCCUUUAUACGGUGCAAUGUAUCGAUUGUGGGUCGCAAUGGCACAAGACGUGUUUUCCUAAAGUGA